UUGAGCACUAUAAGCCCCAAAGGUGGCACGCAAAAUCGAAAAAUAACUGCGGAAGGUGCAGUAUGAUGAUCAAGAUCUCGACURCUUUACUUCUUUCAAUCUUUUCCAUUUGCAAUGCAGGCCUGCUAGAYGAGUACGACCAUUUCGCAGCCCUCGACCCUGACGAGAAAGUGAAGCUUUACUGGACGAUCGAUGAAGAUACUGUAUCGUUUGCUUUAGAUGGCGCUACCAAAGGUUGGGUUGGAUUUGGAGUGUCAACGGGCCAAGGGAAGAUGGACAAGGCUGAUAUGGUCAUUGGAUGGGUGAAGGAUGGAAAGCCGUAUUUAUCGGACAGACAUGGUGUUGGCCAUUACCCCGCUUUAGACGACCACAACGACUACAAGUUAAUCUCAGGUAUGGAAGACAAUGGCCGUACUAUYAUCAAGUUCAGCCGAAAGAUUGACACUUGCGAUAAGCAGGAUCAAGUACUUCAGGAAGGUACUUCGAAGGUGAUUUUUGCACUAAGUGACGACGAUCCCGAGUCUCCUGAGAGUGUUAAAAAGCAUACGUUCAAGGGAAUACGAAGUAUCCUGUUGCUGAAUAACAUGGGAAGAAGCAGUSAAAAGCCAGAUUCCUCUUGGAAGCAUUUCGAUGCUAUAAAUAAGAAUUAUAGCCUACCUGCUGUGGACACAGUCUACCACUGCGCUGUUCACAAACUCCCUGAGUUCAAAGAGAAGAAUCAUCUUGUUCGUUUCGAUCCCGUCGUGCAACGUGGCCAUGAAGGCGUGGUCCAUCAUCUUGUUGCUUACGUCUGCGAUCACGACUUCCCUGAAUACCACAAAAACUUUUCRGGUUUAUGCUAUGACUUUGCCAACAUGCCUGCAGAGGUAAUACAAUGUAUGGGCAAAGGGAUAUUGGUUGCCGUAUGGGGARUAGGCGGUGGGGCUUUCUUAUAUCCCAAAGAUGCCGGUCUUCCUAUCGGUGGAGAGUACACUGGUAGAYAUGUUAUCCUUGAAAUUCACUACGACAACCCUAAACUUAGAAACGAUAUCGUUGACAAUUCGGGAGUGAGACUAUAUUACACGAACAGACUCAGAAAGUAUGAUGCUGGUGUUAUGUCAGUUGGAUCAAUGAUACUUCCUUGGAUAAUGAUUCCUCCACAUCAACAAAGUUGGAAGACAACUGGAUAUUGUAGUAAAGAGUGUACUAAGGAGGCUUUGAGAAAUACAUCGCUUCCUGGAGGUGGUAUCAAGAUCUUCUCAUGCUUUCUUCACACUCAUCUGGCAGCAACAAUACAYCGUCAAAGCACAAGUUGUUCAAACACCUUCAAACUCCAUCGAACAUGUKCAGCAAUUUGGACAAGACAUAUCAGAAAUGGAGUGGARUUGCCAGAGAUUGCUCGUGAUAACAACUAUGACUUUAAUUUCCAAGAUAUCCAACGCUUACGAAAAGAAGUUCACAUCAAACCUGGUGAUGACAUAAUCCAUACCUGCGUCUAUAAUACAAUGAAGCGUAAACAACUAACUUAUAUGGGGCUCUCCACCAGAGAAGAAAUGUGCUUGAACUUCAUACAUUACUACCCCAUUCUUCCAAAAGAGCAACGAUCUUGUACUUCAGUGAAUAUAAAAGCUGGAGAAGCUAUUCUGAAUAAAUAUUAUCCAGAACUUAAGGCUAGAGCUAGCUUGAUUAGAAAUCCUAUUGUUGCAAGUAACAAGACUUGGACAAAAGAAAUGACGGAUUAUUACAGGAAAAUUCUUGACGAGGAAACACAAUUUCUUGGUCGACCGAUUUGCAACAAGCAGAACACUCGCAGCAAGUCUCUUGAGGACGUUACCAAAGACAAGUACCAAAACCCAACACCGAAGGUCACUACUUCGUUUUCAAAGCCAAACGAUCGGUGCAAAGAUGUUGACAGUUCAGCUACGGAACUCGUCCAUAAUAACAUGCUCUUUCAUGCUAUUGGACUCUUUGCAGCUUUACUUUUCAUCUACGAAAAUUUUAAUAUGAUAUCUCUUCAUGAUGAUCCUCUAUUCGUUGACCUUGCCGCACAUGUCACAUCACAMCUCAUGCACUCAGUCAUGGCGACGAAGAUCUCGACUUUACUGCUUCUCUUUGGACUCUUUUCCAUUUGCAAUGCAGCCCUGGUUGACGAGUAUGACCAUUUCGCAGCCCUCGACCCUGACGAGAAAGUGAAGCUCUACUGGACGAUCGAUGAAGAAACUGUGUCGUUUGCUUUAGAUGGCGCUACCAAAGGUUGGGUUGGAUUUGGUAUUUCAACGGGCCAAGGGAAGAUGGACAAAGCUGAUAUGGUUAUAGGAUGGGUGAAGGACGGAAAGCCGUAUUUAUCGGAUAGACAUGGUGUUGGUCAUUACCCCGCGUUAGACGACCACAACGACUACAAGUUAAUCUCUGGCAUGGAARACAAUGGCCGUACUAUCAUCAAGUUCAGCCGAAAGAUUGAUACUUGUGAUAAACAGGACCAAAUACUCAAGGGGGGUACUACUAAGCUGAUUUUUGCUCUCAACGACGAAGAUCCUGAAUCUCCAAAGCUUAUCAAAAAGCACACGUUUAAAGGAAUCCGAACUAUCCUUUUUCUGAAUUAUCAAGGACACACUAARAAACCCGACGCAUCUUGGAARCAUUUUGAUAUCGUGAACAGAAACGUAAGUUUCUUUUACAGAAUCGUGAAUUACUCAGUUAAAGACAAGACUUGUUUCAGAAACGUAACAACCUUUAGAUAG